AAGUGAAUAAUCUUUAAAUUAUGGCCGCAGGAACGGGAAAUUAUAAAAGAAUUUUGCAAUUAUUAGAAAAAUGGCCCAUUGAUAAAAAUAAGGCAGGGGGAAGGGAUCUAGGUGAAUAUAUAAAGGAAACUAUUAAUAAAGCCUACAAAGAAAACAAAUUCGAAACAAACUACAAGUAUUGGGACCAACAAUACCUGGCAAUUAAAAAGUUAGUGGAUAAUGAAAGUAAGAACAAAUACCCCCGAGUGUUAUCAUCAUCGUCUACUGGAUUAAAUGCAGAGCAGUGUAAUAUUGCUUUAUCUAACGAAUAUUUAGAAGAAUUCGAAAACGAUAACAAGUCGUUUUUGCAGAAAUUACUAUCAUUAAGACCAGAUAAAACAAAGAGUAAUAAAAGUUAAACAUGCUUACCUUAAGAGGUAUUUUUAGUAAUAGUUAUAUUAGGCGAAUGUGUGCGGUGGCAUGUAAAAAAGUUGAGGAAAAUCCACCACAUAUACCUGUAAUGGCAACAGAAGUGAUAGAGCAGCUAAAACCAGAAGAAAAUCAAACCUUUUUAGAUAUGACAUUUGGUGCUGGGGGUCACAGUAGAAAAAUACUGAAAUCAGCGCCAAAUAUUAAAAUAUUAGCGUUAGAUAGGGAUCCUAAAGCACAUGAAUAUGCACUGGAGUUUGCCAGGGAAUAUCCAGAGCAAGUUGUGCCUUUGUUGGGGAGGUUUUCUGAACUACCACAACUUUUAAAGGAGAGGAAUAUUAAGUUCAAUUCAGUUGAUGGAGUUUUGUUUGACUUUGGUUGUUCUUCAAUGCAGUUUGAUAUUGGUGAAAGGGGGUUUUCCAUAUCAAAAAAUGGACCUUUGGAUAUGAGGAUGGAUGGAACAAGGUUUCCAGACCAACCAACUGCUGCAGAUGUACUGGCCAAGGCAAGUGAAGAAGACAUAUACAAAAUCAUAAAGUACUAUGGGGAAGAAAAACAGGCUAAAAAAAUCGCGAGAGUGAUUGUAGAAGCCAGGUACUUAUUUAAAAAUUUAACCACCACUGAACAACUUGCUGAUUUAGUAAAUUCUGUGUCUAGUGAUGAUUAUCGUGUUGAUAAACUGCAACGGCAUUCUCAUAAUGCCACAAAAACCUUUCAAGCUCUUAGAAUUUUUGUUAAUAAUGAACUAAAUGAAAUCAAUUAUGGACUUAUAUUAGCUCAUAGAUACUUAAAAAUUGGCGGUAGAAUAGUAACAAUAACAUUUCACUCUCUUGAAGACACAGUAGUAAAAAGACAGCUAUUAGGAAAUGUUUUAGAAAAUUCAGCCAAUCCAUUACCUUUAAAAUACAGCAGUGUUACAUAUAGCAUUAAUAAUGACAUUGUUAUGGGUGUAAUGGAUUCUAACUGGAAGAGUUUGCAUAAACAUGUAAUUGUACCAAAGUAUGAAGAGGUUGAAAUAAAUCCAAGAAGUAGGUCUGCAAAAUUAAGAGUUGCUGUUAAAGUCAAAUAGGUAGGUAUCUUUAGUAAACUAUUAAAUAAAUAUAUUUAUUUAUCGUUAUAAAAA